AGACCUCGCGGCUCGAGACGGCGCCCAACGUACCGCAAGGUUGCCAUGCUCUCCCGCCUCCGCACCGCGGGGCCCCGCCUGGCGUCCCUCAGGGCGCCCAGGGCGAGCGCGCGGAGCGUCACCAGCACCACGAUUGGUGGCUACGAGGUCUUUGAUCACUCCUACGAUGCGGUGGUCAUUGGUGCGGGUGGCGCAGGCCUGCGCGCGGCCGCCGGGCUCGUGGGCCAUGGCCUGAAGACCGCUUGCAUCUCCAAGGUGUUCCCCACGCGCUCCCACACCGUGGCAGCGCAAGGCGGCAUCAACGGAGCGCUGGCCAACAUGACGGAGGACCAGUGGCAGUGGCACGCCUACGACACCGUGAAGGGUGCGGAUUGGCUGGGGGACCAGGAUGCCAUCCAGCACAUGUGCCGCUUGGCCCCGGAGGUGAUCCUGGAGCUGGAGUCCUUUGGUCUCCCCUUCUCCCGCACCCCGGAGGGCAAGAUCUAUCAGCGCGCCUUCGGAGGGCAGAGCCUGAAGUUCGGCAAAGGUGGCCAGGCCUACCGCUGCGCCGCAGCGGCGGACCGAACAGGCCAUGCCAUCCUGCACACCCUCUAUGGCAUGGCGUUGAAGUUCGACUGCCUCUUCUUCGUAGAGUACUUCGCCAUGGAUCUUAUCAUGAGCGAUGACGGCAAAUGCUUGGGCUGCGUCGCGAUGUGCAUGGAGGAUGGAUCCAUUCACCGCUUCGGUGCCCACUCCACCAUUGUUGCCACGGGCGGCUUCGGACGCGCCUACCAGUCCUGUACCUCCGCACACACGUGCACAGGCGACGGCAGCGCCAUGGCCUCCCGCGCUGGGCUGCCGAUGCAGGAUCUGGAGUUCGUGCAGUUCCACCCCACAGGAAUCUUCCCGGCGGGCUGCUUGCUGACCGAGGGCUGCCGUGGUGAGGGCGGCAUCCUCCGCAACUCCGAGGGCGAGCCCUUCAUGGCGCGCUACGCGCCCACGGCAAAGGACUUGGCCUCCCGGGACGUGGUGAGCCGCGCCAUGACGCUGGAGAUCCGCGAGGGCCGUGGCGUGGGGCCCAACAAGGACCACAUCUACCUGCACCUGGACCACCUGCCGCCUGAGACGCUGGCGGAGCGUCUGCCCGGCAUCUCCGAGACGGCGAAGAUCUUCGCGGGCGUGGACGUCACCAAGGAGCCCGCCCCGGUGCUGCCUACAGUACACUACAACAUGGGUGGCAUCCCCACCAACUGGAAGACGCAGGUGGUGAAGGAUGCAGAGAGCACAGUGGUGCCUGGACUUCUGGCUGCCGGCGAGGCGGGCUGCGCCUCGGUGCACGGCGCCAACCGCCUGGGCGCCAACUCGUUGCUGGACCUCGUGGUCUUCGGGCGCCAGGCCGCGGACACCACGGCGGAGCUGGUGAAGCCCAACAGCCCGCCGGUGGUUCUGCCCAAGAACGCUGGGGAGGCCUCCAUCGCGCGCAUGGACAAGAUCCGCCAUGCCAAGGGCGCCAUCCCCACGGCCGACCUCCGCCGGGAACUGCAGGUGAACAUGCAGAAAUACGCCCCGGUGUACCGCAAUGCAGAUGACUUGAAGAAGGGCAAGGAUGUCAUCAUGGAGGUGAUGAAGAAGUACAAGGAUGUCGGCAUUACCGACCGCACCAUGGUUUGGAACACAGAUCUCAUCGAGACCCUGGAGCUCGAGAAUCUGAUCAACCAGGCCGCCCAGGAGAUGUUCGCCGCCGAGGCACGGCAGGAGAGCCGUGGGGCGCACGCCCACGAGAACUUCCCCGACCGUGACGAUGAGAACUGGAUGAAGCACACGCUGUCCUGGUUAGACAAGCCUUACGUGGAGGAUGCCAAGGUGAUCCUGAAGUACCGCUCAGUCAUCGAUCAGCCCCUGGACAAGGAGAUGCACCAUGUGCCUCCAGCCAAGCGCGUCUACUGAGCUGCCCGAUACAGGAGGCUAUGUCAGCCUUGAGCAGAGAUCAGGUUCCUUGCGCUCGUUUCGCGUUCUCGGCAUGGUCCAAACGGACGGACCCGAGCCCCUUCGUUUUCAGAGGAGGUCUAGCCAAGCGCC